CGGAAGUAGAAACCGCUCCUCUAAACCGGAUAUUACCGUGAAACUGAGGUCAGAAGUUCUCUCUCACAGCCAUCUUGGAUAUAGCGUCCCAAGUCGCAACCAUGCCUGGUGAAGCCACAGAAACGGUCCCAGUCACCGAGCAGGAGAUGCAGCAGCCUCAAGUGGAGACCGCUACACCUCCUGCCCCAGCUACCUCCCAGAAACCUCAGGCAGCUUCUGGCCCUGCAAAGCCUAAAGGCAAAGAUGCCAAGAGUGCACAGGGUGCCUCUGCCCCAAAGGCUGUCCCUGGCAGAAGAAAACGAUCCUCAAUGUCUGCCUCCUCCGCUUCUCCCACCUCACCUAAAUCUGCUUCCUCCAAUACCCCCAUGUCGCCUUUGUCGCCUGUAUCCCCUGUGCCAUCUCCCCUAGCUGCCUCACCUGGCAGUUCUCCUGGUCAUGCUCACCGCUUCACCCCAAAAGUUGUCAAGGCUGGCAAACAGGGAAAAGUUAAGAAAGGAGAGGCAUUUGUGCCUGCCCCUGCCCCUGUUGAGUGCAAGGUCAUACCAGAACACGAAAAACCAAUAGAGGCUGUCCCCAUUCAAACUGUAGUUGAAGCCAAACCUGUUGCAUUUGUGCCUGCUCCUGUGGAGUGCCAGGUCACACCUGAAAAUAUAAAACCAGUAGAGGCCAUCCCCAAGCAAGCUGUAGUUGAAGCUAAACCAGCUCCAGUUGAGCCAAGCAAACCCUUCCCAGCCGCUGCAAAGCCUAUUGCAGCUCCAGCUGCUUUUAAAGUUACCUCAAAACCUGCUGUGGCAGCUCCAGUUUCAUUUUCAGAUACUCUUGCCUCCAGCCCUCCCUCGUCAUUUGAAUUUAAGGCAUCUUCACCGAAAGCUGCUCCUGUUAUUGCAGCUACUGAUGAUGAUCUGCCUCCCCUCAUCCCACCUGAGAAACCAGUUAAAAUGCCAGAACCAGUACCCUCUGUAGAGCCCAAGUCUGUGCCUGUUGAGGCCGCUAAACCAGCUCCCAUUGAAGCUCCUAAAAUGUCCCCAGCCAAAAUUGAGGCCAUUAUGGAGGCCCCCCCAAGCAAACCUGCUCCCAUUGAGAUUAUCAAGCCUGCUGCUGAAGCCAAACCUACACCAGUUGAAGCUGUUGAGGCCAAGCCUGCUCCGGUUGAAGUUAAGCUAGCUGCUGAGGCCAAACCUGCUCCUAUUGAGGUUAAGCCAGCUGCUGAAGCCAAACCUGCUCCUGUUGAGGCUGCUAAGCCAGCCACUGAGGCCAAACCUGCUCCAGUUGAGGCUGCUAAACCAGUUAUUGAGGCCACACCUGCUCCUGUUGAGGCUGCUAAACCAGCUGCUGAGGCCAAGCCUGCUCCUGUUGAGGCUGCCAAGCCUGCUCCAGUUGAAGCUGCUAAGCCAGCUGCUGAGGCCAAGCCUGCUCCAGUUGAAGCUGCUAAGCCAGCUGCUGAGGCCAAACCGCCAGCUGUUGAGGCCACACUUCCUCCAGUUGAACCUGCUAAACCAGCUGCUGAGGCCAAAUUGGCUGAGGUUAAGGAGGCACCUGCUGAGGUCCCCAAGCCUGCCAAACCAGCAGCUGAGCCCUCAUCUACUCCCUUAAAACCCGCUCCAGUUGAGUCUGCUGUUCCUGCCCCACCUCCCCACAAACUCACAUUUGCUGAGGCAGUCGCAAAACCAGCUCCUGUUAAACCUGUAGUAAUCAGCACAGCUCCCUCUGAGCCCAUCUCACCACCCAAACCUGCCCCCACGCCCGCUAAAACCCCAGUCAAGGUGGAGCCUGUGAUCAAGAACGACAAGGGAUCCGGUACUGAGUCAGACAGCGAUGACUCAGUCCCUGAGCUGGAGGAACAGGACUCUGCACAGACACAGACACAGCAAGCUCAGCUUGCAGCAGCUGCCGAAAUAGACGAGGAACCUGUCAGCAAAGCCAAACAGAGCCGCAGUGAAAAAAAGGCACGAAAGGCAAUGUCAAAGCUUGGUCUCAGGCAGGUAACAGGGGUCACCAGGGUCACCAUUCGCAAGUCAAAGAACAUCCUGUUUGUCAUCACCAAACCAGACGUCUACAAGAGCCCUGCAUCAGACACAUACAUCGUCUUCGGUGAAGCUAAGAUCGAAGAUCUGUCCCAGCAAGCCCAGCUGGCUGCCGCAGAAAAGUUCAAGGUACAGGGAGAAGCCGUAUCAAACAUCCAGGAAAACACACAGACGCCAACAGUACAGGAGGAGAGCGAAGAAGAAGAGGUUGAUGAGACCGGAGUUGAGGUCAAGGAUAUUGAACUCGUCAUGUCACAAGCCAACGUGUCGCGGGCGAAGGCUGUACGCGCCCUGAAAAACAACAACAACGACAUUGUCAAUGCUAUUAUGGAGUUGACAAUGUAAGGGGGACCCUGGCAACAAAGGGUUGAAGAAAGGUUGCUGAUUUAAGCUCAUUUAUACAAUUUAUACCCAAGAUGGAAAUAAAGUUGUGGCUUGAUAAAAUGAAAA